AUGCGUUUCACUUCUGCUGUCGUUCUUGCUAUUCUCGGUGCCGCCCAGGCCACCCCCAUCGCGGCUCCCCAGCCUGUCCUCGAGACUGCUGUUGAUGCCCCCAUCGAGGCCCGCUCCAUUCUCAGCGGCGGCGAGGACCUUGCUCCCGCCCAGCUCGAGAAGCGCCUCGACCCCAUCACCACCUCGAUCGUGGUGGCGGCCGGUUCCGCGCUCGCCACCAAGGCCGUCGACGCCGCCGUCAAGGCAGUCGGCAACGCCAUAAAGGGCCUCCAGAACUGGGACAACGUCCGCGAGGAGUUCACCAAGAAGACCGUCAGCGAGAUGUGGGCCAAGAUCGAUCAAAAGACCUACUCCGCUGCCGUCUGCUACAACAUGGACUACACCGUCCCCAACAUUGACGGCAAGACUUCGGUCGCUGUCAAGUCGGGCUUGCUCAAGACCACCUACGACUGCUUCUACAUGAAGGCCGGAGCCCAGACCUUCCAGGCUAAGGGCGACGGUGGCUUCCAGAACCUCGCCGCUCAGCACGACAGCCGCUGCACCUACGACAGCAAGAAGAUCACCCUUACUUGCAAAUAG